GUCCACCCGAUUACCUGAAAAGAUGCAGUCUAUAGCUUUAUCACAGUAGUUGUUAUCUUUCUUUGAUUCUAUUAAAAUGUCAUAUAUUCUGUGGAAAAAAUUACACUGCAUAUUAUUUGUAAUGAAUUUCCUGAUCAAAUUGAAUAAUCGGAAAUGUGGAAAGAGAGAAAAUAAAUCACUUUAUAUGCAGAGGAGUUCAAUAUAUCCUUGCCUAUGAGCCAAAACCGACUUACUAACUUUCAAACUUUUUGUAGUAAGACACUUGCCUAUUGCUUAAUGCUUAUACAUGAGGAGCAAAGCUUUCUAAUACUUCUGUUCUUAAUUUCUUAUACAUAUGAACAGGGUAUUCCAGUAGCUUUCUGUCUCAAUGAAAAUAAAAUGGAUGCAGCGAUGAUACAAAGCUGCCAGGGAUCUUGGGAUGUUAAAGUUGGUAAGAGUGGUAAUGGACAACUUUAUUUCAAAGAAGGUUGGCUAAAAUUCGUGAACCAUCAUAGCCUGAGAGUUGGAGAGUUUCUUGUAUUUGAACACAAAGGGAAUAUGGUAUUUAAUGUGGUAUCUUAUGGUUUAAGUGCUUGUGAGAAAGAGUAUCAUUUCCCUUCUGAUUCGAUGGUAAACGGUAGGAUGACAACACCUCAUGAAACACAAAGGGUUAAGCGUCCUCGCGAUGACAAUUUGGAAGGAACUCAUUUCUUCCGGACAAUUAUGAAGCCAUCCCAUCGUGAUAAACGUAACCCUUAUAUGAAUAUCCCUCCUUCAUUUGUUGAAGCGAAUGGAAUUGCUCACAAAUCCAGCAUGACUCUGAUAGAUCCUUCAAGACAUCAUUGGAAGGUGGACCUUAAACAUUGGAAAGAAAAGAAACGGCAGCGCGUGACAAUGGCGAGGGGGUGGACUGAGUUUUACAGAGCCAACAAGCUGAAUGACAGAGAUGUCUGCAUAUUUGAGCUCCAUCAGAAAACAGCAGUCUCUAAGAAUGUUGUUGUUAAUGUCAAGAUUUGUUGCCAUUGAUCAUAUUAACUGUAUUGGCAAUGUUUCAUGGUUUUUGGUUUGGUUUUGGACAAUAUCAUCUAGCUUGUAGAAGGUACUUUAUGGUUUAACCUUCCAGUGUUCUGUCAUUUUGUAGAAUUGUAACCUUGAACAACCCAUCAAGAACUACCUACUUCUGGUAGAUACCACUCAUCUAUAGCUUUUGUCUUUUGUGUCAAGCUAUAUGCAGGUUUCAACAGAGUACUGGUUUCAAUAUUUGGAUAUAUGUCGAAUCUAUUUAAUCGAUUCU